GCUGAACAAGAACAGCCGAAGAAGAAGAGGACUUUUCGCAAAUUCACCUUCCGUGGCGUUGAUCUCGAUCAGCUUCUCGACUUAUCUCAUGACCACCUUAUGGAACUGGUUCACUGCCGGGCCAGGCGACGAUUUUCACGGGGACUUAAGAGGAAACCGGUUCACCUCAUGAAGCGGUUGAGAAAAGCGAAGAAAGAGGCUGCUCCAAUGGAGAAACCUGAGGUUGUAAAGACACAUCUAAGGAACAUGAUCAUUCUUCCUGAGAUGAUUGGUAGCAUGGUGGGUGUUUACAACGGAAAAACCUUCAACCAAGUGGAAAUAAAGGUUGGCUUUGGUUUAAAUCUGUUUAGAAAUUUGUCUUACUAA